AUGGAAAGCUUCAAGAGGAGGCCGGAGGGCCCGGCGGGGCCUGUGGGGGCCCCCGGGGUGGCCGGGGGCAGCAGCAACGGGUACGUGGGCGGGCCUGGGAGCAGCAGCAGCAGCAGCUACGGGCCUCCGAAGCGGGCGCGGGUGGCGGGCGCAGCAGCAGCAAGCGAAGAAGCUGCUGCUGCUGCUGCUGCUGCUGCAGCAGCAGAGGGGGGCCCCCCAGUGCUGCCAGUUUGCCUCUUGGUCUCGGACAACAUCGCGGGGGCCCUCAUCGGCAAGGGCGGCAGCACAGUCCGCGAGAUCGAGCGGGCCACAGGUGCACGGAUUUUCGUGCAGCGGAACUCUUUGGGGCCCCCCGAGUUGGCUGCAGCGAAGCAGGCCGUGCAGGAGACUGCGGGGGCCCUGGGGGGCCCCCUGGGGGCCCCCCUGGGGGCCCCCCUCGCCCUCGACGUGGCCAAGAUCGUGGCCAUCGGGGGCCCCCAGCAGCAGCAAGUGCAGCAGGCGCUGCAGCAAGUGCUGGCCCUCAGCUGCAGCCACCCCACACACGCGGGCCAAGCUGCUGCUGCGCUGCUGCUGGUGCCGCAGCGCAGCGUGGGGGGCCUCGUGGGGCAGCGGGGAAAGACAAUAGAAGAGUUAAGUUUAAAGUCCAACACUCAAAUAAGAAUAGUCCCUGGAGUUGCUGCAGCAAACGGAGACAGGGCCCUCUGCAUAGCAGCGCAGCAGCAGCAGCAGCUUGCUGCUGCCAUUCAGCUGCUGCUGCAGCAGCUGCAGCACCUGCUGGCUGCUCGCAGGAUAGGGCCCCCCGACUUGGAGUUCCUCCUCGCUUUGGCUUCUUCUGCGCAGCCCCGGGGGCCCCGGGGGCCCCGGGCUCUGGGGCCCCAAGGGGGGCCCCAGGGGGGGCCCCUGGGGCCCCUGGGGGGCCCCCUCCCCGCCGUGGUCCCGCUGGGGGCCCCCUCCCCGGGGGGCCCCCCGGGCUUCUUCUCCUCGCCGGGCGCCUGGGGCCCCUCCUCCUCUUCUCCGGGGGGCCCCCUCGCAGCGGCCUCCCCGCACGGGGUGCAGGGGGGGCCCCCGGGGGCCCCCGGGGGCCCCGCCGCGCCCGGGGCCCCCGGGGCCCCCG